GUAAAUGAGGGGGACGGAGAGCUGUCUGUCAGGGGUCCCGGGACGGCGGUGAAAGUUGUAGAGGGAAGCUCCUGCAACAGGUGGACUAUUGGCUGCCAAGAAGAGCGCCGAGGAGGAAACGACCGGGCAAGCAGGCGAGACCAAAGCCGAACUGAGUUCGCGAAGCGGCUUGGUAGUAGCGCGGGGUUACUUUUCUCCCUUAGAGAUUACAGCGGUUUCCUGACCUUCACGGCAGGGAAGCCAUAUUGAAGAGAGAUUUGAAGGAAAGAACACAUCAUCCCAUAUGUGCCUCCCCAAUCCUUGAGGUCAUCAGAAGAGGCCCUGUUGCAGGUGCCCCUUCCAACUGAGAUUGGGUUUUAGGUAUCCCCUAGUAAGCUUUGACAGAUCACAAAUAUCAGCCAUGGCAUCUCGCAUUGGCUUACGGAUGCAGCUUAUGCGAGAACAAGUACAACAGGAGGAACAACGGGAGCGCAUGCAGCAGCAGACAAUGAUGCAUUACAUGCAGCAACAGCAGCAAAUGCCAAUGGCUCCAACCCCAGCCAUCAACACCCCAGUUCAUUUCCAGUCACCACCAUCUGUGCCUGGAGAAGUCUUAAAGGUUCAGUCCUUCCUAGAGAAUCCUACCACAUAUCACCUGCAAAGGUCACGAGACAAGAAGGUCCAAGAAUACCUGUCUGAAACUUAUGGGAACAAGUUUGCACCACUGCUUGGUGCUCCUUCUCCCAAGCCUCCUCCUUCUGCCUCACCUGGAGUGAGGCCAUGCCAUGCCAUGCCCUCUUCUGCGGGCAACAGCACUCCCAACAGUCCAAUGGCAAUGCUCAAUAUCAGCUCCAAUCCAGAGAGAGAGAUAGAUGAUGUCAUUGAAGAUAUCAUGCAACUGACAACCACUGUGGGGUGUCUUAAUCCAGAAAUUCAUAUGCCCAAUACUUUGCCCCUAUCCAGCAGCCAUAUGAAUGUCUAUAACAGUGACCUUCAGAUGACUCCUUCUGUGGUGGGCAUUACUAGCAGCUCCUGCCCUGCUGAUCUUACCCAAAAGAGAGAGCUUACAGAUGCCGAGAGCCGUGCCUUGGCUAAGGAGCGCCAGAAGAAGGACAAUCACAAUCUAAUUGAAAGAAGACGAAGAUUCAACAUUAAUGAUCGCAUUAAGGAAUUAGGGAUGCUGAUUCCAAAAGCUAGUGAUCUAGAUGUGCGCUGGAACAAAGGGACAAUCCUGAAAGCCUCUGUUGAUUAUAUCAGGAGGAUGCAGAAAGACUUGCAGAGAUCACGAGAUCUUGAGAAUCAUUCUCGGCGUCUGGAAAUGGCCAACAAGCAGCUUUGGCUUCGUAUACAGGAGCUGGAGAUGCAGGCUCGAGUCCAUGGGUUACCAACCAUUUCACCCUCUGGCAUGAACAUGGCUGAACUAGCUCAGCAGGUGGUGAAGCAAGAAACCUCUGGAGAGGAGGGGACAACAGAGAUCUUACAACAGCCACAACUCCAUGCUGAACAGGAAGCUCAGCACCAGCCUCACUUUGCUCCUCCUCCACAGUCCCCUUAUCAUCAGCUGGACUUUACCCAUAGCCUGAGCUUUGAUGACAGUUGUAGAGGCUUUCAUGACCCACUGGACCCCAGCCAAAAUGUCUCUUUCCCCUCCUUGUCCAAGAAGGAGCUAGACUUGAUGCUAAUGGAGGAUACUAUGCUUCCUGUGGCUUCUGACCCCUUGUUUUCCACUGUGUCCCCAGAAGCUUCCAAGGCUAGCAGUCGCAGAAGCAGCUUCAGCAUGGAAGACACUGAUAUGUUGUGAAGCCCUCUAGGCAGAUUAGGAAUUUGAUAUUGUUUAUUUGUGAAAAUUCUUCAUUUGACUUAUCUCUUUAGACUUCCUCAAAGACUUAUGAGGUUAAUAAGAAAUGCAUCCUGAAUCAGAGAUGGUUUGUGUACUGGAGGGAAUGGGAGAAUCCUUAGCACAAAGGUUUGUCCACAGUUCGUGAAAUCUCCUCUGCCUUGAUUUGCCAAAAUUGAACAAUCCGGCCUCAUCUUCCAUGAUUACAUGAUUAAUGUGGUCAAUCUGAUUCCUGCAGAUCUCUCAGGUGCCCUGUGCCCUUCAUACUCUAGCCCCACAAAGCCAGUUAGAAUAUUUUCAUAACAAUAUGAUUUUGGUAUGGACAUCCAGGCAGCAGAGUGCCCUGUUUGACAAGCAGUGUUAAUCAAGGCUUGGCAUUCAUUUGACCAGUGAAUAGCUUAAGAUCAACUGUACCUGUCGCCACCUUUUGAUUUGUUAUCACCAGGCCAGUGGGAAUAAUGUUUUCUUCAGGUGUGCUUCAUACUGGAGCUCUUUUUUGUAUUGGACAGGAACACUCAAUAUGCUCUGUAGAGGGCUGGGGGAUGUCACUAGCUGACCCUGUGUAGUGAUGGAUGGUGAUUUUUAAUCCUUUGAGAGUGGAAGAGACUAUAACAACAUUCAUAGAACCUUUUUAAUAUUUUAAACCUAAGUGGAAUACAACAGCCUUAAUCAAUGACUUGCACUUUGUUAGAACUUGAUAGUUUUUAGCCUAAAUUUUGGGUUAGGCCUCUCCUCUGCUUUCCUGAAUCUUUUUGGCAUCAGUCCUUGACAGCUUAAUGGCCAUGCAGGAGUAGAAAUGUAUGAGCACCUGGGGGCAUUUCAAAGGCUUUUACUGUCACCAGUCAUCCAAGAGAAUGGGCAAAUUGUUUUGCUAAUUUGAACUAGAUUUUACUUUUCAUUCUUUUCUGCUUCUCAAUGGAAGAAGUGAUUGGUCUGAUGAGAGUAAGGCUGGGUAGUGUUUUUGUAUUUGAGAAGCAUCAAAUGAUAUUAUUUGAUUUAUAUUAAGCUUGUUAGUCUAUAUUGUUCCUCUUGAACUUCCAACUUGUAUGAUUUAGAGUCCUGUUAAUUUGUUUCUGAAUUUAGGGCUGUGGAGAUACAUAGAUGAAUGUAUACUUUAAGUCUAAUUCCACUUACUAUGAUUAUUGAAGGGGUUUAAAGUAGAGCAGUCAUAGCUCAGUAGUAAAACACAAAGGACACAUGCAUCAAGACCCAGGUUUCAUCAUCACUAUUUCCAACUAAAUAUAUCUUGUAACAGAUAGUAAGACUGGAGACCCAGUAUAAAUCAGAGCAGGUGAGACCUAGGCUACAUCCACACAGCUGUUUUGCCCUUUCUUCUCUUGUACCAAAGCCAGCAGGAAAUCAUAUUGCCUUAAAUCUUGCUGUCCCCACAGCAUCCCUUUAUACUGCACACAGAACAGUUCGGUGCUGAGCUGCUGAUGUACAGCAGUUCAUUCGAAGGGCUGUGAUUGAUGGUUCUCUUGGCUGAUAUUCCAGCCCUGACCAACUUCAUCACAUGAAAAACCUCCUCCAGUUGGCAUGCACAAUACUCUGAUUACUCCAUGUACUGCAUUUUUUUUUCUUUUCUGUUUCUCAUCACACUCUUGACUGAUUGAACUCUUUUUUUUUUUAUUAUUUCUUGAAAUUAUGGGUGGAUGGUUCAACCUAUCAACCACUAGAUGACGGUAGUAAAGAGUUUUUGUAUCACCUGGCUGCCAUCUAGUGGUUGCCCAGAUUGUGCAGCUACUGAAUCAAUGCUGUUGAAGAACUAGGUUUCAGAAAGGUGUUUUGUUGUAGAGAUUGUAUAGGAGCUAUAAACUACCCAAAUAACAUUAUGUGAGAAGCCAGGGCUCCUGAGACCAACACCCACUGGAAACAGAAUUCUUUGCCAGGCAGGGUACAGAAGUAUAAGUGACGAAUCCUUUCAGUUGCACUUCUAAGAUGUCAUGUGCAUCAUGCACCCUAUAUAACUUGCACAUAGCAUCCAGAGGCAUGAUAAGAGAGAAAACACCACUUUCAGGAUGGAGCAACUAAAGCCAUCUUCAGGUUGCCUCACCUUCAGGUGGACAAUGAGAUCCAGGUAGUAGCAUAUGGACAUGUUCUAUGGAAUCAGGGAUGGGUUUAGCCUAAGGCCAAAAAGGCACUGGCCCAGGGCGCCAAAGCUUAGGAGACACCAGCGUUGCCCUUCUGUCCCAAUCAUUCUGAAAACGCAAAUCUUUAUAUUGGUGGGAUGUGCCAUCAGUCAGUGUCAUCUUGGGGUGCCAUAUACCCUUGAGCUGACACUGUCUGGGAAUGAUUAGUGAGGGCAUAGGGAAUGGCCUUGAAGGAAAGGAGGAAGAGCUGACCAAAGGCAAUGGUCAGAUAAGAGGGGCUUGA